AUGGCACAUCCCCUCGUUCCCUCCUACUACCGCAUCCCCUUGUUCCGCUGCAACCUCGCAGGACCUGAGGACCAGCCCCGCCUCCUCAACCCACCCCCACCGUCCACCUCGCAAGACCAGCUGCGGCCUCCCUGCCCCGCCGCCUCCCUGUCGCGCCCGCGGCCUCCCUACCCGCCGCCACCACAUCCUCAGCAUCAAGUCCUUGAUCCCGUCACCCUCGACCUCAAGGCCUCCAACUACUCCAAGUGGCACAACUUCCUCCUCAUCACCGUCACGCAGUACGGGCUUGCGGAUCACCUCGACGCAGUCCCUCCUCCCGCCGCCGACGACGAGUGGCAGCGGAUGGACUCUAUUGUCCUCCGUUGGCUCUAUGGCUCCAUCAGCCCCGAGAUCACCGACAUGGUGAUGGCGGCCACCACCGCCGCCGCAGACGUGCUGACCCGCAUCACCGCCCUCUUCCGCGACAACCAGCAGGCGCGGGCGGGCUACCUCAGCCAGAAGUUCCGCAACAUCGUGCAAGGGGACAAGACCAUCACCGCCUACUGCCUCGAGCAGAAGAUGAUCGCUGACGCGCUCGCUGAUGUCGGCGCCUCGGUCACCGACGACGCCCUGGUGGGGAACAUCAUCAAGGGCCUUGACGAGAAGUACGAGGACGUGGGCAAUCUGGUGCCGCUUCUCAAACCCUUCCCCUCCUUCCUCGAGUUCCGCAACAUGCUGCUCCUCUAG